CUGCGACGUCUGCUUGCUUUCAACAGUGGGUGACGUCAAUAUAAAUCCUCAUCAUGUUUCAUGGAAUACCUGCAUCUGGAGUGAUGGGAGGAGCGCCUGCCAACAAACCAGAACUGUAUGAGGAAGUGAAAUUGUACAAAAAUGCCAGAGAAAGGGAAAAGUAUGACAACAUGGCAGAGUUAUUUGCUGUGGUGAAGACACUUCAGGCCCUAGAGAAAGCCUACAUUAAGGACUGUGUGACUCCCAAUGAAUACACAGGUGCUUGCUCAAGAUUGCUAGUCCAGUAUAAGGCUGCUUUCAAACAGGUCCAGGGAUCAGAUGUGGGCUCCAUCGAUGAUUUUUGCCGGAAAUAUAGGCUCGACUGUCCACUGGCCAUGGAGAGGAUCAAAGAGGAUCGACCAAUCACCAUCAAGGAUGACAAGGGCAACUUGAAUCGCUGCAUUGCAGACAUAGUAUCUCUCUUUAUCACAGUGAUGGACAAACUUCGACUCGAAAUUCGUGCCAUGGAUGAGAUCCAGCCUGACCUGAGAGAGCUGAUGGAGACCAUAAACAGGAUGAGCAACAUGCCCCCAGAUUCAGAGGCCAAAGACAAAGUCAGCCUCUGGUUAACCACACUAAGCAGCAUGUCUGCAUCCGAUGAGCUGGAUGACUCCCAGGUUCGCCAGAUGCUAUUUGACCUGGAGUCUGCCUACAACGCCUUUAAUCGUUUCUUACACUCAUCUUAAACACUCAUUCCUUCUCUGAUCUCUUCAAGUUCCUUGUCACCAGCUUUUUUCCAUUUCUUGCCCAUGUCCCUUAAACUGUAUGUUCUUGAGAUUUCCAUUUAAAAACUCAAGUCAGUGUACUGUUUACUCUGACUAUUCUUGUCAUAUAAUUAGCUUUGUAUAAUUCUCUGAUUUGUUCUCUUUUUAAAAAGUAGUCUAUUUUUAAUAUAAAGAAAUGUGGCAUGGGAAUUUCAGUUUUUUUUUUUUUAUUUUAUUUCCCACUGUAGUCUUUGAAAGUGUUCUCUAGCUCCUGAUCAUAAGGUUGGCUAUAGUGAAUGUAUUUAGCCAUCAAAGAUGCAGAGAGAACAUAGUGGAUAAACAUUUAAAAGAUUUUGGAUAUAUUCUAGGGAAGAGAUGCUGGCCUUUAUGUAUAAAUAUACUAAAUGAACAUAUGAGAUAUGGUUUACACAUCUCUUCAAGGAAUAUUCCAGGUUAAAUACAAGUUUAGAUCAAUCGACAGCAUUUUUUGGCAUAACAUUGAUUACCACAAAAAUUGGCCCCAUUCACUUCCAUUGCAAGUGCCUCACUGUAAUCUUGAUUUUUGCUUUUUUUUUUAAGAAAUGGCAGGACGCAGUUGAAAUACAUUUUUGUUGUAAUCAGCAUUAUGCCACAAAUGCUGUCAAUUGAGCUUAACCUGUAUUGAAUCUGGAACAUUCCUUUAUUUUCAUAUCCAUGAACAAAGUUUGACACUAUGAUAUUUUAAACUGAUAAUAUCCCUUUCCCAGCCUUUUCCCAUGUUUCUUUUUGUUUAAAUAGAUUAUUUUCCAGUUGUUUUGAAAUAAUACUAUGUUAUUACAUGUAAUUUACAGUACACCAGAAUUUGUUGCUUGGUAAACUUGCCUUUUAUAACAGAGAGCCUGUUUCAUAACUUGGUGUGAACUCUGUGGUUAAUGGUGUUGGAUUAUUUUACUUCAACAUGUAAUAAGUCAUAUUUAUUCAGUGACCAUUGUAAAUAAAAUAGUUUUGAAAUAAGCUAAAUAACAUUAAAAAUUAAAAUGUACUCUGCUCCAGGUGUGCCCUUUCUGUUUAGUUUUGUGGUAGCCUAAAGUUAUUUACAAUGAAUUAUUGGUGUAAAUACUUAUAAUAAAACUGCCAAAGGCAUCAUGUAUAUCAAAGACACAUCUGUAUUGGCAUAAUUUUUUCAUCUCUAUUGAAGCAAUCGAGCAACAAUACAAAAAGUAGCAAUUACCAAAUCCACAUGGUUCCAAAUUAAAGGAAAUUACAGGUUGUAGAUCUGAACAUAUAAAAAAAUGUUAUAUUAAAAAACAAAUACCUUAUUGAUCAUUUUACAUUGUAAAGGGACACAACUAAAAUGACACAAUUAGGGGCUUGACAUUAAAAUGUUCUUAACCUUUUUUUAUUUAUCUGAAUGUAAUUGGUGUGCUCAAUAUAAAAGUUUAUCAUAUAUUCUUAUUAUUAUGACAGAAAAUGUAAUUCAACUCUGGGUGAACCUGCAGUGCACAACCUGUUGAACUAAGUUCGGUGGAGAAAACACAUUUUAACUGCACAAACCUGACCAGUGGUUAUUGAUUUCUUGAUCUUGUUUGAAGUUUAUUCUUCAAAAUGUUCGUCUGUUGUACAAAACGUUUGCAGGUUUUUUUUUUUGGUGCAAGAUAAAUCAUUGCAAAUUAAGCAAAUGCAUCAGAAUAUGAUUUUAAUAAAAAUUUGUUUUUUCUACAAAUUACAAAAGAUAUGUACAGUAUGUGUAUGUCUUUUUAUAUUGUAACAUCUGACAUACAAUAUUGUUUAUAUCAACCACCAGGAAAAUAUAUUUGUGCAAGUACAGGACAACACUGAUGAGAGGUAGGCCUGGCAACCUAUCUGAAAAAUAUAUGAAAUAAUGUUCUUAGUGGAAAAUAACAGUCAUAUAUUUGAAUCUUAGACUGGAGUGGAUUACUUUUAGAUUAUGGCUAAUCUUAAUAUGUCAUUUACUGUAAAGACGUACACUCACCUAAAGGAUUAUUAGGAACACCAUACUAAUACUGUGUUUGACCCCCUUUCGCCUUCAGAACUGCCUUAAUUCUACGUGGCAUUGAUUCAACAAGGUGCUGAAAGCAUUCUUUAGAAAUGUUAGCCCAUAUUGAUAGGAUAGCAUCUUGCAGUUGAUGGAGAUUUGUGGGAUGCACAUCCAGGGCACAAAGCUCCCGUUCCACCACAUCCCAAAGAUGCUCUAUUGGGUUGAGAUCUGGUGACUGUGGGGGCCAUUUUAGUUCAGUGAACUCAUUGUCAUGUUCAAGAAACCAAUUUGAAAUGAUUCGAGCUUUGUGACAUGGUGCAUUAUCCUGCUGGAAGUAGCCAUCAGAGGAUGGGUACAUGGUGGCCAUAAAGGGAUGGACAUGGUCAGAAACAAUGCUCAGGUAGGCCGUGGCAUUUAAACGAUGCCCAAUUGGCACUUAGGGGCCUAAAGUGUGGCAAGAAAACAUCCCCCACACCAUUACACCACCACCACCAGCCUGCACAGUGGUAACAAGGCAUGAUGGAUCCAUGUUCUCAUUCUGUUUACGCCAAAUUCUGACUCUACCAUCUGAAUGUCUCGACAGAAAUCGAGACUCAUCAGACCAGGCAACAUUUUUCCAGUCUUCAACUGUCCAAUUUUGGUGAGCUCUUGCAAAUUGUAGCCUCUUUUUCCUAUUUGUAGUGGAGAUGAGUGGUACCCGGUGGGGUCUUCUGCUGUUGUAGCCCAUCCGCCUCAAGGUUGUGCGUGUUGUGGCUUCACAAAUGCUUUGCUGCAUACCUCGGUUGUAACGAGUGGUUAUUUCAGGCAAAGUUGCUCUUCUAUCAGCUUGAAUCAGUCGGCCCAUUCUCCUCUGACCUCUAGCAUCAACAAGGCAUUCUGGAUAUUUUUCCCUUUUCACACCAUUCUUUGUAAACCCUAGAAAUGGUUGUGCAUGAAAAUCCCAGUAACUGAGCAGAUUGUGAAAUACUCAGACCGGCCCGUCUGGCACCAACAACCAUGCCACGCUCAAAAUUGCUUAAAUCACCUUUCUUUCCCAUUCUGACAUUCAGUUUGGAGUUCAGGAGAUUGUCUUGACCAGGACCACACCCCUAAAUGUAUUGAAGCAACUGCCAUGUGAUUGGUUGAUUAGAUAAUUGCAUUAAUGAGAAAUUGAACAGGUGUUCCUAAUAAUCCUUUAGGUGAGUGUAUUUCAUAGUCAUCAUUGGUCUAAUGGCUGCAACUUGCACUGGUACUCAAUGACUUUAAACAUGCAACAUUUUGCUAUAUUAAAAACAUAUGACUGACCUAAUUUAAAAACUGUGUUGCCUGUGUUAUUCAGUCCACAACAGUAUGCAGUGAUAUAAUGUGUAACAGAACGUAGCUUUAUUAGUAUGUUCUGCAUGUUUUUAGUUGUAUUUUGGUGCUUUCUGGCAUUUACAGGCAGAGGGUGACUCCUGUGACUCGAAAGUCGUUUGGUAAAGCGCUUCUUGGGAAGGUCUUCGAGGAAACUGUCAGCUGUGACAGAACCCGAAACCUUCAAUAAUGAGGAGGUCAUGACCAUCGAUAAAAACCCCUCAUCCAGCACCACCACGCUUUCUGAUCACACUGGAGAGUGUCCAGUCUCAUCCUAUCCUUUCAUGUGAGUGUGAGGCAAUAUAAUUAUCCCAAAAUAGGAAAUGUCAGACUUAAUCAUCAGAAUGACAGCUGAUCCAAAGGAUGUGUCAAAAUGUUGAAAGGAAAAAUAAAAUAAAAAACAUUCAAAAUGCAUGACGAUCUUAAUGUAUAUAGAGAUUGCCUGUUUUUGCUAGUUUACAACACCAGUAUGCAGUGGCAUAAUGUAAACCAAUUUGUAAUAGAAGUGGGUGUGAGUAUGUUGGCAUAACUGUAUUUGAGUACUUCGGUAUGUUGAUCAGCUUCUUUUGGACAUUUACAGGCAGAGAAAGAGAGAGACUCCAAUCAUACGCUGCCUCGCCUCUCGAUGUUAGCGUUACGUGAUUAGGUGAACCACUCUCAAAGGUCCACUAAAACGCCACUAAAGACAUGGAUAAUCGUGAAACAAGACGGAGAAGUCAUUGCAGCACAUUGCGCUUGCAUGGCAGGGUAAGUUAUUUACAUUCGCAUGUAUUUUGUGGAACUGUUAAGUGUUAGUGUGCUGUUGCUUUAGAUUAGAUUCAACUUUAUUGUCAUUGUGCAAAAUACAAGUACAGAGCCAAUGAAAUGCAAAUAGCAAUAUGUAUAUAUAGAAACAUCCUUAGUGCACACCCACAGAUGCUAAAUACAAUGCUCCAUUUGUGGUUAAUAAAGAAAUGUCUAUUCUAUUCUUUUCUCAGAUUGUCAGAAUCCUGUUCUCGUGUAGGGGCAGUACUUUUUUUUUCACCCAUUGAAGCUGGUGUUAAGAUGCAAGAUACAGCCUCCUGCACAACGGAAAAGUGCAGGUGGUUGAUACAGUCACAUGUAAAAAAGGUGUUUAAAUGUACUGUACAUAUCAUUACUUUUUUGUACUCUACUAAGAAAAAUGACAGCAACUGUCAAUUUCUAAAACACACUUCUGCAGAUAACACAGAGAAUGUAAGAUCAAACUCUGCAACUACAAUUCAUAUGAUUUGUCUUAGACUAAGACAAACAACACAUUGUUGUUGCAAUGUCAUAUAUAAAAUGUUCCAUGUUAUGGAGCACAUAAGUGUGUGUUAGAAAUGGUCAGUUACUGUAAUUUCCCUUAAUUGGGCAGUACUUUAUUAUCUUUAUGCUUGUCAAAUUUUCCAGAUUCCUGCUGCUCCCGUAGUUCAUAUAGACUUCUCUUCAACAAAAUCCCAAAAACAAAAACUGGACAAUGCCAUCGCUGGGAAAUCAACUGAACAACCUAUGGUUGA